AGUGUCUCCGUCGUCUGGGUUAUGCUCGCUGCCAGAUGACGUGGCAGUUACUUGCCUGGCUCAGAUCUCGAGAUUUGACCUAGCGGCCUUAGCUACCGCCUCAAAGAGCCACCGCGCUCUCGUAUCUUCCCCUGAGCUCUCGGAACUGAGACGGCGGAUGGGUUGCAUCGAGACGUGUCUCUACGUAUGCAUGCGCAUCUCUGGUGGUAACCCACGUUGGUUCGUCCUCAACCCUCAGCAUCGCCGCCUGAACCCUAUCCCUUCUAACCCUAAUCAGGCUCCGGAGUCAUCCUCUUUCGUGGCGGUGGACGGAGGCAUCUAUGUCUUGGGCGGACUCAUAAACUGCCGUCUCAGUAGUGAUGUCUGGUUCCUCGACUGUUUCUCUCACACGUGGAACCGUGUCCCGUCGAUGAGGAGGCCUCGUGUUUAUGCAUCCGCGAACCUCGUUGACGGGAAGAUAUACGUUUGUGGUGGGUGUAGAGAGGAAGCUGAUUCCACAAACUGGGCAGAGGUUUUCGAUCUAAAGACUCAAACUUGGGGUACCUGGUUUCUCCCCAAGAUAAAAAGCAGGAUCUGGCAUAGUGUGGUGAUCGAGGAGGAGAAGAAGGUUUACGGGGUUGACGUGGAGGGUGAUAGCUUCCACUUGUUGCCAAGUAAGCGUAUGUUUCUUUGGAGACCAGACCUAAGAAGAGACUUUUUUUCACGAAACAAGGACGAUUGGUGUGCUAUAGGGAAGCUUUUAUUCUGUCGUGCUCCUUUCGGGACGAUACUGUGGUGUGAUCCUAAUGAGUUGCGUUGGAAGCAAGUCAAGGGUUUGGAAGAGCAUUGUGAUAAUAUUGAUAUAUGCAGACUCUGCACCAACUCUGCUGGUAACAUUGUCAUCUUCUGGAUCAGCUCUCUUGUUCGUCAGACUUGGCUUUGUUCUGCCGAGAUUUCCUUAAGGAGGAAAGGAGGCGAGAUUUGGGGUAAGGUCGAAUGGUCCGAUACUGUCUUCAAACUUGAUGAUAUUCUCUCAUCUGGUUUUAAAGUCUUAUACUCUGCUUCUGUUCUUGUUUCUCCUAAAUGA